GAGUGCCGGCGGAAUGCCGGCUUCGAAGCGGGGAGAAUCUGGCUUUUUGCUGGGUUCCUCUCAGCUCUGGGCUGGCUCUCCCCACCUGUAAAAGGAGGCCAGGGGAGUGGACAGUGCGAACCUCCAGUUCCCGGGAGAGGGCCGUCUGCAGGGGUUUGGUGGGGCAGAGGGAACCCCCACCCCAUCCCCUAGUGGGCCUGAAGGCCUGGGUGGAGCUAUGCCGGGGGAAUUUUGUAAGCAAGGAGCCAAGAACCCUUGGAGGUUACAAAACAAGCAGGAAAAAAGGAGCCGGACUUCGGCUCGGCUCCCCCUCCCUUUCUUCCUAGCAGCCGGUGGUCGAGUGGGCGGGCGCGCGGGGUGGGGGGGGUGGCUCGGCAGGGGGUCGGUAGCGCGCCUUAGCCCUCCCCCCCAUAGGCAAUUGCUCUGGCGUUCUGGGAGGGGGGAGUCUCGCGAUCAUUGGGGGGGGGCACAGGGGGCGGGAAGGGGAGGGGGAGGUCGUGACGUAGGAGGGCUGGCAAGGAGAAGGGGGCGGUGGCUCGGUGCUCCUUGCUCCCAUCUCCCCUGAACGGCGGAGGGGUUCUCAGCUAGCCUCUCCUCCAGCCCAACCUCCCUCACGAGCUCGCUCGGCCUAAGCCCGCGGCCUCGCCGCCGCCUCCCGGCUGCCGCCACUGCCGCCGCCGCGUCCAUGGAACUGCAACAGCCCGGCCCCGGGGCCAGAGCGGAGGAAGAGCCGGGGCCGUCCACCGCUCGGGAGGCGGGAGCGGUCCCCGGGGACCGGGGGAAAGCGGAGGAAGAGGAGAAAAAUGACCCUCCUUUUCUGCUGAAACCUCCUCCUAAAGCUUGCAGACCUGAAAAGGAGAUUGAUUCUGAAUAUGAAGAGAAGAUGAAAACAGACCGGGCCAAAAGAUUUGAAUUUCUACUAAAGCAGACUGAGCUCUUUGCUCAUUUCAUUCAACCUGCGGCCCAGAAAUCUCCAACGUCACCCUUGAAGGUGAAAGUGGGACGUCCCCGACUGAAGCGUGAUGAAAAGCAAUGCCUUCUUUCAGCUGGGGAUUACCGUCACAGACGUACGGAACAAGAAGAAGAUGAAGAAUUGUUGUCAGAGAGCCGAAAGUCAUCUAGUGUUUGUGUUCGAUUUGAGGUGUCUCCUUCAUAUGUAAAAGGAGGGACAUUGCGAGAUUAUCAGGUUAGGGGCUUGAACUGGAUGAUCUCCCUUUAUGAAAAUGGAGUUAAUGGCAUUCUGGCGGAUGAAAUGGGUCUUGGAAAGACUUUACAAACGAUUGCACUGCUUGGCUAUCUCAAACACUAUCGGAACAUUCCUGGGCCUCACAUGGUUUUGGUUCCAAAAUCAACUUUACACAACUGGAUGAACGAAUUUAAACGCUGGGUGCCCUCUCUCCGGGCUGUUUGUCUCAUCGGGGACAAGGAUGCGAGAGCUGCUUUUAUUCGUGAUGUAAUGAUGCCAGGAGAGUGGGAUGUUUGUGUUACAUCAUAUGAAAUGGUAAUUAAAGAAAAGUCUGUGUUCAAAAAGUUUAAUUGGAGGUACUUAGUCAUUGACGAAGCUCACAGAAUCAAGAAUGAAAAGUCCAAGCUUUCUGAGAUCGUUCGUGAGUUCAAGACCACAAACCGCCUGUUACUAACUGGAACGCCAUUGCAGAAUAAUCUGCAUGAGCUCUGGGCAUUACUCAAUUUCUUGCUGCCUGAUGUUUUCAAUUCUGCAGAUGAUUUUGAUUCCUGGUUUGACACUAAAAAUUGUCUUGGCGAUCAUAAACUUGUGGAAAGACUACAUGCAGUUUUAAAACCAUUUUUGUUACGGCGUAUCAAAGCUGAAGUAGAAAAGAGUCUGCCUCCUAAGAAGGAAGUAAAGAUUUACCUUGGCCUAAGUAAGAUGCAACGAGAAUGGUACACACGAAUCCUGAUGAAAGACAUUGAUAUUUUAAAUUCGGCUGGAAAGAUGGAUAAAAUGCGGCUGCUAAAUAUUCUCAUGCAAUUGCGAAAAUGUUGUAAUCAUCCCUACCUGUUUGAUGGUGCUGAACCUGGCCCACCCUAUACCACUGACACCCAUCUUGUCAAUAACAGCGGUAAAAUGGUGGCAUUGGAUAAACUCUUGUCGAAACUCAAAGAGCAGGGGUCAAGAGUUCUCAUUUUUAGCCAGAUGACCCGUUUACUGGACAUCUUAGAGGAUUAUUGCAUGUGGCGGGGUUACGAGUACUGUCGGCUGGAUGGACAAACGCCCCACGAGGAGAGGGAGGAAGCCAUAGACACCUUUAAUGCUCCUAACAGCACCAAAUUCAUUUUUAUGCUGAGCACAAGAGCUGGAGGUCUUGGAAUUAAUUUGGCGACCGCAGACGUGGUUAUCUUAUAUGAUUCGGACUGGAACCCCCAGGUUGACCUGCAAGCUAUGGAUCGAGCUCAUCGGAUUGGUCAGAAGAAGCCAGUUCGGGUAUUCCGUCUUAUCACUGACAACACUGUUGAAGACCGGAUUGUAGAAAGAGCCGAGAUCAAACUGAGACUUGACUCGAUUGUUAUACAGCAAGGCAGGCUCAUUGACCAACAGUCCAACAAGCUGGCAAAAGAUGAAAUGCUGCAGAUGAUACGUCAUGGAGCCACGCAUGUUUUUGCUUCGAAAGAAAGUGAACUGACAGAGGAAGAUAUUACAACUAUUUUAGAGAGGGGGGAGAAGAAGACUGCAGAAAUGAAUGAACGGCUACAGAAAAUGGGAGAGAGCUCUCUUAGAAAUUUCACCAUGGACACUGAAACAAGUUUGUACAACUUUGAAGGAGAAGAUUAUCGAGAAAAACAAAAGCUCAGCAUGAUGGAGUGGAUAGAGCCCCCUAAGCGAGAACGCAAAGCUAAUUAUGCAGUGGACGCCUAUUUCAGGGAGGCUUUACGUGUCAGUGAGCCGAAGGUUCCAAAGGCCCCCCGACCACCAAAACAACCAAACAUCCAGGAUUUCCAGUUCUUUCCACCUCGUUUAUUUGAGCUCCUGGAAAAAGAAAUUCUUUAUUAUCGGAAGACUAUAGGUUACAAGGUGCCAAGGAACCCUGAACUCCCCAAUUCAGUCCAGGCCCAGAAAGAGGAGCAGCAGAAGAUUGACGAAGCUGAGCCUCACACAGCUGAGGAGACCGAAGAGAAGGAAAAGCUUCUCACCCAAGGAUUCACAAACUGGAACAAACGAGAUUUUAACCAGUUUAUUAAAGCUAAUGAGAAGUAUGGGCGUGAUGAUAUAGAUAACAUUGCCCGAGAGGUGGAGGGAAAAUCUCCUGAGGAGGUCAUUGAAUAUUCAGCUGUUUUUUGGGAACGUUGUAAUGAGCUGCAGGAUAUUGAAAGAAUCAUGGCUCAGAUUGAACGAGGAGAAGCUAGAAUUCAACGGCGGAUCAGUAUCAAGAAAGCUCUGGAUGCCAAAAUCGCGAGAUACAAGGCGCCAUUCCAUCAGCUGCGCAUCCAGUAUGGAACCAACAAGGGGAAGAACUACACCGAGGAAGAAGAUAGAUUCUUGAUCUGCAUGCUUCAUAAGAUGGGCUUUGACAAGGAGAAUGUGUAUGAAGAAUUACGCCAGUGCGUACGCAAUGCUCCCCAGUUCAGAUUUGAUUGGUUUAUCAAAUCCAGAACUGCCAUGGAAUUUCAGCGACGCUGUAAUACUCUCAUAUCUUUGAUUGAAAAAGAAAACAUGGAAAUCGAGGAAAAAGAAAGAGCAGAAAAGAAGAAACGUGGAACAAAAGCUCCAAUUACCCAGAAGAGAAAGGCGGAACCCACUAUGGAGAGCUCUGGAAAGAAGGAUUCCAAGAAGGUGAAAUCGUAAAGUGCAGAAAUAGUAUUAAUUGAGAAAAGUGUACUCUCCCUUCCCCGACACCCCACCUCCAUCCCCUUUCUGGUCAAAUAUUAAUUGCUAGUUUCUAUUGUAUUCCCAAUGACUAAUUAAAAAAGUCUCUGGCUAGUUCUAAUUUUUUGCAUAUUUUAUAUCUCGUAAUGAUGCUUUUUACCUGAAAUGUGUAGCACUCAACUUUAUUCAUUCCAAAAAUUUCGUGUCCUGUAACUUGUGAAUCUCAUGCCUCCCCACAGAAUAACCUUCCUCCUCGUUCUUGUUCUAUCGAAGCUCGUGCUGAGGUUAUAGCUUUUCUAUGUUUUGUACGCUGCCACUGCUUUGAAAAAGAGCCUAGAUUCUAUAGUUGUAUCUUUGUUCUUUCAUACUUUAAAUUUAUAUGGCUGCGGAAAAAGGGAAUUAAAAUGAUUUGAGGAGAAAUAGA